ACCACUCCUCUUGUUGUCCUUUCAUUUCUGCAAAUCUGAAUCAGAGUUUUUCCUUGUGGUCAUGGGAUUUCUCCCUUAUCAGCUUGUUUGCCUAUGCUACAGGCUGUACACUGUGAAGAUGCCCUGGAGGGAAUUGUUGUGGACUUUAUUAUAACUGUGAAAUGGCUAUUUGAGGAGGACUUCUAGGGGAACAGUUCCACUUCUGUGCUGGCAGAGACGGGUGAACAUGUAGGCAAUGUAGCAGUAAAUGUGGCCUGGACUUUUUUAGCAGGUUUUUUCCAAAAGACGUACUGGCAUGUUUUGGUGCUAAAGGGGAUUACCAAAGUUGGCAAUGGGUGACUUUGACAAGAUCUGGCGCGAGCACUGCGAAGAUGAGCAGACGCUGAGUGAGUACGCCCUCGCCAUGAAAAAUCUUGCCGACAACCACUGGACCAAAAACUGCGAAGGAGAGGGACGCAUUGAAUGGUGUCGCAGUGUCUGUCAAGAAUAUUUUUUGGAUGGCGGAAUAAAAAGAAUGUUAGAAAAGGAUGAGAAAAGUGCGAUGCUUGCCAUGGGUCUGGCUGCAGCAUCUGUAAGUGCCCAACCAUACAGCACCAUCCCCAGUUCUAUCUCUCAGCUGGGGAAAAUGCGCCUUCUUGACGUGGGAAGCUGCUUCAACCCUUUCUUGAAGUUUGAUGAAUUCCUUACAGUUGGUAUUGACAUAGUGCCUGCAGUUGAGAGUGUGUACAAGUGUGACUUCCUCAACCUUCAGCUCCAGCAGCCGCUUCAGCUGGCCAGUGACGCGGUAGAGGCCUUUCUCCGCCAGCUCCACAACCCCAUCGACACACUGCCUGCCCAGCUUUUCCAUGUGGUGGUCUUCUCACUGCUCCUGUCCUACUUCCCCUCACCUUACCAGCGCUGGAUCUGCUGUAAGAAGGCCCAUGAGCUGCUGGAGCUGCAUGGCCUGCUGCUCAUCAUCACGCCCGACUCCUCCCACCAAAACCGCCAUGCCCUGAUGAUGCGCAGCUGGCGCGUUGCGGUGGAGUCCCUGGGUUUCAAGCGCUACAAAUACAUCAAGUACUCCCACAUGCAUCUCAUCGCCUUCCGUAAGGUGUGUCUGGCCACCACCAGCGACCUGGUGUCACGCAACUACCCAGAGAUGCUCUACAUCCCUCAGGACUUCCACUCCAAUGAGGAGGAAGAGUGUGCCGAUGUGCCCCCCGUGCAGGUGCGCUCCGAGUUUGAGGAUGACCAGGUGGCUUGGGGCUUCACAGAGCUACCUGACACGCCCUAUGAUUCCGAUUCUGGGGAGAGCCAGAGCAGCUCGGUGCCUGGCUUCCAUGAGCUAGAAGACCCAAUCCUUCUUCACAGCUAGGCUAAACUAGCUAAGCUA